AUGGAGGGGCGAGCAUUACAGCUUGGCGGGCUGCGGAAUUUACGCGGUGGAGCUGCUCAGCGAGAGCUUUCCCAGCGGGUUAAACGACAACUUGCGCAAUGCCAGGUUGGGCAGAUUUUGAAGGUUGCCGACCACUGUGCCGAACACAUGACCCUUGAUGGGGCCGUGGCUGCUCUUCAGACGCUGGCGCGAGACCCCGAGUUUAAGGCGAAUGGCAAGGACCGGAGGGUCAGCAGCAUUCUGGACAUCUACCGGAAGUCCCUAGUGCCGGGUACGCGUUUGGAAAUGAGGCAACUCACGACUUCCUGCUGGGCAUUUGCGAGGCUUCAGGUGUACGAUGGUCCUCUCCUUGCCGCGUUGCAAGAUGCUGUGGUCGAGAAAGCGCAGGACAUGUCGUCACAGGAGUUGUCUUCAACGGCUUGGGCAUUUGCAAGGCUGGAGCUUGCGGAUCCGGCGAUGCUUUCGAGUUUGCUCGAUGCCGUGAAUACACGCGUGGCACAGCCCUGCACAACCAACGAACAGCUCAUGCCGCAACACGUGGCCAACGUUUUAUACUUGGCAGCGGCGGCGACGGAGGCAGGUUCGCCCUUGUUCGAGACAUUGUUGCCGCAUGCAAAGGCACGAUUAGCGGAUUUCGCUCCGCGUGAUCUUUGUAGCUUGGCAUGGGCCGUCGCACGUUCACCGAUUCAGCAGUUACCGUUGCUGUGGAGCAUUUCCAACGAGGUGCUGGCGAAGAGGCACAACGUGGAGCCCCUUGAUUUCGUGAACAUCAUGCGUGCAAGUGCGGAAACGUGCUUGGACUCUGAGAAAUUGGCGGAGGCAUUGCAUGAAGCCUUGGAAUGCCGGCUGCCGGACAUGAGGUUCCAGGAGCUUGGCCAUUGGAUGUGGGCACAUUGGAAGGUGGGCAUGGCCAACCCCAAGCUAAUGGCCACAAUCAAUCGACAAGCAGCCAUGAAGAGGCUUGCUUCCAGGCUCAUGGCGGCAGCUAGUGCUUUGCCUUUGUCCAAUGCCGAGCUUCGCGCACGCCUAUUGUCGCAGUGGUUCACGCCGGACCAGGCACUGCAGUCAGCAGGGCUGCGAGAUCGCUGGCGGCUGACUGAAGCAGAGCUGCGGGAAUUGUUUGAGGCGGAAGUUGAGGCAACAUCAUCGCCUGAACAAGUUAGUCUCGAGAAGCAGAGGGCAAUAUCGGCUGCUGGCCGAUGGCGUCUCAGAGUUGAGGCCGGUGUCCAGAGACUUUGUGCACAGCUACAGAAGCAGGAUCCGGACAGUGUGCUUCCGAUGAUUCCUCGACGGGAGCUUCUUUUCGCCCUCUCGCAAAGUGCGCCCCGGGAAGGCUUCCGUGCUUGGGCGGCUCGUCGGUGCACUGCAGACGACUGGGAAGAACUUCGACAUACGGGGCCGGCUUCUGGAUACCUCGAUCUCGAGUCCUUCUGCGAGAUGGUUGUGCUCGAGGCUGGCCACAUCGACGAUGCAAAGGAGUGGUUCCAACAUUUGAAGGACCUCAAUGAUGGUUCUACCUGCAUAUCGUAUGCACUCCUACACCAGACAGCAGUAUGUUGCCCCAAGCUGCCGGGUGCGGCAGACUCUGCUGCACCAUGGGAGCCCAUUGAGCUUUUACCGAGACUGCUUUCAGUCUGGACAGAUUUGACCGAAGCCUUCGGCUGGGAGAGACAGGAACUCGGCGAUGUCAUCCGUGACCGUCAGCAGGAUGAACUGACGCAGACCACUCCUCGGGUCAGCCACCAGCAGUGGCUUCGCGCUCUGCGUGGAAAACAGCCUGAGUGGCCGUUGCUCAGUGAAACGGAGGCGCAGGAGGAGGCCCAUCGCCUCGGGGCGUUGGGGCUGACGGCCGGCAGGCUGUUCCCAAACCUCUCCGACAGACUUCAGGUCACCAAGAACCUCUUCUUGCCUGGGGAGCUUAUCGUGGUUCGAUACACACUGAGCGACUUCGGGCACUAUGGAGUUAGUGGACCGUCGCCCAUGGUUCUCGGCCCGGACCUGCCCUUGGGCAAGGCGCCCUUCGUCGCUGCCGUGCCAGCACAGCCGGAGCUCGCGGGCUUCGAGGAAGCCUGGAGCCGCAGUGCUCUGGACGUCUCGCUGCCGCGGGGAGCCGUCCGCCUGAGGGCUCCGGGUGCUCUGCGGGGUACCUCCGCAUUCUGGCACCUGCGGAUCUUCGCUUCGGACGAUGGGCGCACCCCAACGUCUGCAGUUAGUGCACCCCUGCUGAUUCAGGUGAUGACAGUACCUCCUGCACCUCCAAGUGAAGUGGUUGCGGAGGGCAGGGACACGUCAAUUUCCUUUAAGUGGGCCGAAUGUGCUCAAAAUGGCGGUGCUGCAGUUGACAGAUACGAUAUAGCUCUCCGGUAUGCGGAAUCCUCCAAGCUGGCAUGGACUGGACAUGCUCAGGAGCCCGUGAUUAUAGCCACAUCGCUGACCCCAGAUUGCGACUACAUGGUUCAAGUUCGUGGGGCGAACCGUGCCGGCUGUGGCCCCUGGAGCCCAGGGUUUGCUGCGAGGACGGCGGCGCGGCCACCUGCUCCGCAGGUCCUUGCGGUUGGCAGGGACACCGUGCUGCUCAGAUUGCCUGUUGAAAAGGCAGGAAAUCUGACCGGCUAUGUGGUGAAGGCUGUAUGCUGCACGACCGGCGAGCCCGAGACCUCCGACGACAGCGAGAUCGUGAAAAGAAGUGGUCCAAAGCAGACAGAAGUGCUGCUGACUGGCCUUCUUUGUGCAACCAGCUAUCGCUUAUGUGCAGCCCGUCUGAAUGCCAGUGACCAGGGCCCGUGGAGCACGUGCAUCCAGGUUCGCACCAAGGCUGGGACACCCCUCCCUCCGGAGAACUUGACCUGUUUGGUGGGGCAGCCAUUUGCGGCUAUGUCCUUCACGCAGUUGCCGGACCGGGCAGCAAAGACGGCGUCGUCUGCAAGGCGGAGAAGGUGA